AAACUCCAGAUACUGGAAUCUGAGAGUUUUAAAACAGAACCUCAAGGAUUUGAUGCUCAAGAAUCUCAUGAAUCCUGUUCAGAUCUUGUGUCUCCCAGUGUGAAGAGUGAAAGUGAUCUGGACUCCAGCUGCACUGCAGAUCUGUCCAGGAUUCAGUCCCUCAGCACUGCAGCACAGUUCACUGAGUUCUAUCAGGAGUCUGACCGGAUUAAAACAGAGAGCAAGAGACUAUUGAGCAUCCAGGUAGAACAGGACCUACAAUCCUUCGACACUGUCCAAUGUGGCUCUUUCAAAGAACAGCAGAAAGCCAACUCAUUCGUUGCAGUCGAGUCAAUUCACAUUGCUGAGCCCGGGACACAGCAGCUCGAAGGUGGACUCCGAACAGGAGGACCUGGGAACAGUACCGAACUGGUUAAAAUAGAGUGCGAUUUGUUCUCCGAAGGACUGCCUGCAGUAAAACCCGAGCUCACCGGAGAAGGACCGUCUGUAGCGGGACUUGAGCUCAAGAUAGAGGAACUGUCUGCAGCCGGAUCUGAGCUCACUGUGGGGGGGCCGACUGCAGGAGAAUCUGAAUCGUCUACAACGGGACCUCGGCUCUGCAGACGGAGACCGGAGGGAGGCCAGUCUGGGGGUCUGGGAAACGGGCCCAGGGGGGAGUGUCAGGGCGGAGGGAGGAGAGAAACCCCAUCCUUCCAGCUCGCCCAUCAGCCCCCUGGACCCUCCAGCCCACAGGAUGGCUCACCGCCUCAUGGGGAGGCCCAGGGCACAGCCUCCAGCCGAGCCAGAGGGGGGCAGCAUCGCUGCAGCCAGUGUGGGAAGACAUUCAGGCGUCCAAACAGCCUUCAGAUCCACCAGCAGACCCACACGGGAGAGAGGCCCUACUGCUGCAAGCAGUGCGGGAUGAGCUUCAAGAGGGCCGGACACUUCCAGAAUCACGAACGGACUCACGCAGGGCAGGGCGUGCACUGCUGUGCCCAGUGCGGGAAGACAUUCCUGCGUCCCAGGAGCUUUCGGAUCCACCAGCGCCUUCACACGGGUCACAGGCUGCACCGCUGCGCCCGCUGCGGAAAGACGUUCAACUGGGCGGGGAACCUCAAGCGCCACGAGCAGAUCCACAGCGGGGAGAGGCCCUACUCCUGCCUGCAGUGCGGCCAGAGCUUCCCGAGGGCGGCCGAGCUCAGGCGCCACGACUUCAGCCAGGCGGGGGCGCUCAAGCGCCACGAGAGGAUCCACACCGGGGAGAGGCCCUACUGCUGCGAGCAGUGCGGGAAGAGCUUCCGGCAGCCAGGGCACCUGCAGCGGCACGGGCGGAUUCACGCGGAGGUGUCGUAUUUACCGUGA